AGAGGCAGCCCCGGGUCAGCCAGGAGGACGGCGGAGCGGAGGAGCAGACGCCCGGAGGAAGGGGGGGCUCUGCUUCGGAUGGCCUCCGACACCAGGGCUAUCCAACUCCUUCCAACAGUCUCGGUUUCCAGACCCUCUUCUGCCUUCUUGGUGAAUCUUCCUUGGACAUACAGUAUCUUGACUUCACAAUAUCCUUCUUAAACUGAACCGGACGGGGUGUUGCAGGGAGGCAACACGGGGCCGAAGAAGAAGUUAAGCUGUGCCGUCGCUUCCCUGCGUCUUGACACUCUUCUUCUGGUGAUGCAGCCUACAAUGAAUAACGAUCAUCACCAUCAUCAUCACUGUGUGUUGUCAAGUUGAUUCCGACUGGUGCCAACAUAUCCUCAAUGUGCCUCAUUACAAUUUCUGAAGAGAAAAGGCUCCACAGUUUGGAUCCACCCCCAGAACAUGCCGAAUGGUACCCCUUGGAGGUGGCUGAGCAGAGAGUUGCCCUGCGGGAGGCAGUCCAUGCUCGUGCUGUGGUUUAUUCCCUAACAUGAAAGGCAGUCGCAGGGCAGAAAAGCAGCCAACGCCUGGUAAUGAAAUGGAGCUUCGCCACCUCAGGGCAAACCCAGGGACCGAUUGGACGGGAAGGGUUCCGAGUGCGGCUGAAGGAAUCUGCAAAUGCACGCUGGCCAUCAUCACAGCCAGCCUCCAGCAGCCCCUGAAGUUCUGAUGGCAAUGCAGGGGGGGAAACCACUGUGAAGGUGGGCUCGGGUGGAGCGGCACCUGCCUGCAGCAGGGCAGGGAAGAGGCCGGCCGGCCAGCCUUGCUGAGCCCUCCGUCUUCGGUAGCAGGAUUCCUCCCUCCUCCCCCCCCCCAACUGUGCUCCAAUGGCGUCACGCAUCCUCCACCGCCUACGACAUGCACUGACCGGAGAAAGUGACCGGGAUGGACUGCCUGGCUGCAGCUCAGAAGCGGAGGAGUUUCCAGAAAGUUCUGAGCUGGAAGAUGACACCGAGGGUCUCUCCACGCGGCUCAGUGGGACCCUGAGCUUCACCAGCAAUGACGAGGAGGAGGAAGAGGAGGAAGAAGAAGAAGAAGUGGAAGAGGAUGCUGGCGAGGCCACACAGGAAUGGCCCCUAGACCCCAACAGGCUUGGUGGUGUUGCCGAGAACGGAGAGCACGGCCCUCCCUCGACUGAGCGUCCAGGCAGUAACAUGCUCACCCGGCAGCUGCAGGAGCUCUGGCGGAAAUCCCGGAGCAGCUUCGCGCCCCAGCGCCUCCUCUUCGAAGUCACCAGCGCAAACGUGGUCAGUGAACGCAACUCCAAGUACGUGCUCUACACCAUCUACUUGAUCCGGACGGGUCAGUUUGACAAAGCUCCUGCCACCAUUGCCCGGCGCUAUUCUGACUUUGAGCGGCUGAACCGGCACCUGCGCCGCCAGUUUGGCAGCGACAUGGCAGGCAUCUCCUUCCCUCGGAAGCGGCUGCGUCGCAACUUCGCCGCUGAGACCAUCGCCAAGCGCAGCCGGGCCUUUGAGCAGUUCCUCGCCCACCUGCACUCCUUGCCGGAGAUCCGCCGCUCGGCCACCUACCUGGAGUUCUUCUUCCUGGGGGACCUGCGGGAGGCCCAGCGCGCGACCUGCAGCGGCCUCUACCGUGAGGCCCUGGCCGCCUGGACCAACGCCCACCAGCUGCAGGACAAGCUGGGCGUCUGCCAUUCGGGCCACUUCUUGGUGACGCUGGCCGGGCUGGCAGUCUGCCAGCAGGAGCUGGAGCAGUUUGCCGAGGCCCAUGCCUCUUGCGAGCGAGCGCUGCAGCUUCUGGAGGGCCAGGACCGCCACCCGCUGGUCGCCCCCUUCUUGCAGACGUACAUCCACCUGUCCUGGGUGCUGGGCCGGGACAAGCGGCAGGCGGAGGCCCGGCUGCAAGGCCUGCAGGAUGCCGGUGGAGGGGGGCUGCAGCCCCCCACCCUGAAGGAACUGCUUAUCAAACAACCAUUGCCCUGAGUGGGGCGGGGGGGCGGGAUUUGGGUUUCCGAGUGCGUGUGUAUGCCGGGGAGGCUAGGAGGGUGGCCAGCUGAGCCUCAGAGCCAGGAUAGAGCCGGAAACUGUUGCGUGGAUGAAGAAGGGAUGGACGCCGAGCGCAAAGAGCACACCCCAUCUAUCUGGAGCAGCUGGUGCUCUUUUAUGGAGGUGCGCUCCUCUGUCUAGAUUGAACCCGUGCCCUGGAGAGGAACAGCCGCCAGGAUUUCACUGGGGAGGUUUCCAAAUGAGCACAUGACCCAGAUGCUCCUCAGCAUCUGGCACGGCCUUAUAUGAGGACUUGAAAUGUGACUUGGAAAACGGGGCUACCACCCCGGACACCUAGGACUGACCCUCCCAGAUGGGAUUCCCUGCGAGGCAGGGGCCCAGUGGGUCCCCCUUCCCUUCUCAGAGCAGGACCCCUGAGCCCCCUGCCCCUAUCUCGAACUCCUGCAAAGUGAAAUGGGGGGGGUAGAGGCGCAAAGGGAGAGAGCAGGCACUGCUCCUGGGCCAAAGGCUCACCUAGGAACGCCGAGCGAGGGGGCUGCUCCCUUCUUCAGUUCCAGGGAGAGGAGCUCAACCAUGGGUAAGUGAAAAAACCCUGGGGUAUCUCUCCACCACUACCACCAUCGAGAGAGCACAGCCUCGAAAGGGCCUCAGUCGCUUUAUUCACAGUUGGGACAGCCACAGGCCAGUCCAUAAUCCAAUAAAAGCAAUCCCAUUAA